AUGUCCCUCAUCAGCAUCUUCAUCGGCCUCUGUCUGGCUACAGGCACUUCGGCGGAGAGCCCCACAACCAAGGUCUCGCCUACACCAUCCUCUACUACAGUUGCUGCGGCGCCAACCGGUUUUGGCGGCUUCGCGCCGUGCCCUCCCGGCGUUCUUUGCCCCAUCCUGCCCCGCGACCAAGUCCGUCGUCAAGCCGUCGUCACGGUCGUCGAUGAAGAUUGCGUCGAGGACCACAUGUCGUCCGCACUGCCUAUCGUCCCCGAAUCCACACAGACAGUUACCGUCUGCCCGCCUGAAGGCUGCGGUCAAGAAACGACAGUCGCGCCCGCGGAGGCCAGCCCCCAGCCUGCGCAACAGCGCGUUGGUUUGUGCCCUCCGGAAGAGUGCCCCGAGUGCUCUCCCGACGUCUGCCAGCCCUGCACUGCGUCUGGCGAUUGCCCUUCCUGUGAUGGCGGAGCGGAAGCCGGCUGCCUCCCCAUCUGCCCAGACUACUGCCCUCCAGCCCCGGAGGCUCCUCAGACGACCGCAUUCUCUACUCCCCUGCCAGUGGUGCCGACACCUACAUUUAUGCCCACCUUCACGACCAGUGCAUUUAUCCCCGAACCCGUGGAGACUGAGACCGAGCCUGCCAGCGACGUUGGCUUCGAGCAGGGCGUUGCCAGUGCCAUUCCCUCUGCUGCUGCCGACAGGCGAGCACACCCCGCCCCUGGGGUCUACAUGGGCAUGGCGGCUGUCUUUGUCGCCAUCAACUGUAUGUAA